AUGGAACUAUGUUUGCCGCGCGGGAACACUUUUGUCCAGAAGCUCCUCUUCGCAAUUUUGGUGCAUCAAUCCAUGCUCCUGCUUGAAGCUUCCGAUGCUGAAGCCUUGUCAGGCUUUCAGUGGCAUUUGCGUCCUCAUCAUCAAGCCACAGACUUUCAACCUUUGUUGCGCAAACUCCGCGCAGGUUUUGAUUCUCUGAGUAUGCAACAUGUGUGCCCUUUAUUUGACAAAGUUCCUGCAUGUGUGAUAGACGGUAAAUGGUCCAUCCAGACACCUGUGUGCAACGAUCGUACCUCUGGACUCGUAUGGGAUCCCCAGCUUUGCCUCGGCUAUUUUGGCGGCUGCUGUUCUCGGCCAGCGCCUGGAUCCAAAUAUUGCCGAUUGCAUGGUGAAUGUCCAAUAGCGCCAGAAGAUUCUGGCAUCCAAAAGCACCGGGAGAAGCAAACCCAUGACAGUCUUUCCUUGCAGUACCUCUUUCAAGGUGCUUGGGUUGAUGCUGCUGCAGUACCUGUGGAGAAUCUGCGCGCAUAUGAGCUGACCUUGCUGCGACCAAGAGCGCGCGAAACUUUGAUCGAUGAGCCUGACAGUUGCCGUCACAAGGACGACCGCAAAGGCAUCUCUGAGACCCAUGUCGCCCGCAAGUCCAACGGCAUCUUGGUGGCCGUAUCGCCCUGCCUGCAAAUUAUGGCCAUCCGUCCUAUGUAUGCGUCAGAGUCUGUGACCCAAGUCGUGUUGUUGGUGCAACAUUUGCUCACCCUGUUCACUGCCUUGGCCUUUAUCAUCUACGACAAUGCUUGUGGAGCUGCGCGCACCGUGCGCAAGCGCGUGCGGGAUGGGGGACUACCUGUCGCAGUCCAGCAAGCUUGGCAACGCUUAGCCGCUUUGAACUGGGUGGUUGACAGGCUGCACCUGCGAUACCAUUCUGCUUGCCGGCAACCAUCCAGCCCUUGGUUUGUUCCUGCUGUUGAUCCAGCUGCGCAUCCUGACCUCCAUGGCAUUGACACUGAGGCUGCUGAGCAAGUCUUUCAUAUUGCUAGCCGCUGGCAGAUUGUCCUUUCUUAUGCUGCGCCUACGCACCAAGAACUUUUUCUGUUGCUCUUUGCUCGUGAGCACAAUGUGCGGCACAGUUGUGCGAAGGCUUGGACCACAUACUGCCAGGCCCAGCUUCGUCCAUCCGCUGCACCCCUGCUAGCUGCAAGCUCCAGUGGUGCUCACGGAGACGGCGCCUGCAGCGUGCCAAAACCAGUCAAAAAAAGAAAGCGCCAACCCACCGUCCAUUGUCAAGAGGAACCAGCUGCAAGUACGGAGACUUUAGCGCAGCCGUCCGAGAAACAGAAAAGUGACGCGGAAUUGCAACUCACCUCCGCUUCUCCCGAUGACCAAGUGGUCGUGAACCACAAUAGCUCCACAGUGCAUGCAAUCUCCGACAUCAGCACUGUGGAGACACGCUGCGGUUGGCGCUUUGACGCCACGGGGCAGAGGCCGCAGCGAGCCAAAGUGCUCAAGGAUGCGACGUUGUUUUGCUGCGGCUCUUGUUUCGCUGCACGAGUUCCUUUCCUGCGGCCUCGACCAUGA